AUGAGCAAGAAAAGAACUAUUGAUUCUUUUUUCAAACGAACAGAGGAUGUGCAUGACCCACAAUUGCAUCCAGUUAGUGAUAAUAUUGAAGAAGAUGUUCAAAAUACACACCCACAACCUGAUUGGAAUAGUAACAUUGAAGAGCCCAAUAAUAUUGAACAUGAAAAAAAUAAUAUGUUAGAUUCUUUGAUUCGUGAUCCAGGAGAACGGCCUUCAAUCUUAAGUUAUCCAAGUAACCAGCGUGAUGAGAUUAGACAGUUAUAUAUUAAACUUGGACCAUACCAAUUACAAAAAGUAAAGUAUCCAUUCAGUCCUAGUGGUCCAAGAGGAUCUAUGCGCAAUUUUCAACAAGCUUGGUUCAAGAAUUUUUGGUGGUUGGAAUAUUCUGAGAAAAAAGAUGCUGCAUUUUGCCUCCCUUGCUUCCUUUUCAAUAAAAAACCUAUUGGCAAAUUCGGGUCAGAUACAUUUGCCGUAUCAGGGUUUAAUAAAUGGAAAAAGGUAAAUUGUGGUAAAGAUUGUGCUUUCAUUGUACAUGAAGGUAAGAGUCCAGCCUCAGCGCAUAAUUUUUCUGUUAGGUGCUAUGAAGAUCUAAAAAACCAAUUAUGUCACAUAGAGAAUGUGAUAGAGAAGCAAACGACUCAACAGGUUAUGGACAACAGACUACGCCUUAAAGUUUCUAUUGAAGCCAUUAAAUGGCUCACGUUUCAAGGAUGUGCUUUAAGAGGUCAUGAUGAACGACCUAACUCAAGAAAUCAAGGGAAAUUUCAUGAAUUAAUAAAGUUCCUUGCUUCUUAUAACAAGAUUGUUGCUGAUGUUGUGUUAGAAAAUGCUCCUCAAAAUGGAAAGUACACAUCACCAGAUAUCCAAAAAGAAAUUUUACAUGUUUUAGCUACAAAUGUACAAAAAGCAAUUCGUGAUGAAAUCGGGAUGUCAAAAUUUUGUUUAAUAGUUGAUGAGUCUCAAGAUGAAUCUAAGAAAAAGCAAAUGGCUAUUGUCGUGAGAUUUGUUGACCAAGAUGGGCAUGUCAAAGAAAGAUUUUUGGACUUAAUUCAUGUUAAAGAUACGACUUCAUUGACCUUGAAAAAUGAGAUAUUAUGUUCUUUAUCUUAUCAUAAACUUAGUGUUCAAGAUAUUCGGGGUCAAGGAUAUGAUGGGGCUAGUAACAUGCGUGGAGAAUGGAAUGGGUUGCAAGCUUUAUUAUUAAAGGAAUGUCCAUAUGCUUAUUAUAUACAUUGUUUUGCACAUCAACUACAAUUGGCUCUAGUUGCAGCGUCUAAAGAUGUGACUGAGGUACAUAACUUCUUUAAAACCUUAAACUUUGUAGUUAAUUUCAUAUCUUCUUCUUCCAAACGUAAUGAUCAAUUGCAAGAUGCUCAAAUUGCUGAAAUUUCUCAUUUAACUGAGGUUGGAGAUAUUGAGAGUGGAAAAGGCAUAAAUCAAAUGCAAACAUUGCAGAGGCCUAGAGGUACUUGGUGGAGCUCUCAUUUCAAAUCAAUAUGCAGUUUCAUGAGAUUGUUUGGUCCAUCUUGUAUAGUAUUGAAUGAUAUUGCUAUAAAAGGUUCUACAUCUUCUCAAAGAGGUAAUGCGGCAUAUGCACUUACACAUGCCUUAUCAUUCGAUUUUGUCAUUGUUAUGCACAUGAUGAAAGAAAUAAUGGGGAUAACUGACAAGCUUUGCCAAACUUUACAACAAAAAUCUAUUGAUAUUGUUAAUGCUUUAUCCUUGGUUUCAACAACAAAAAUAUUGAUUCAAAAGUUGAGAGAUGAAGGUUGGCAAUCGCUUUUGGACCAAGUGGUUUCUUUUUGUGAGAAAAAUAGCAUUCUUGUCCCUAACAUGAAUGAAACUUAUAGAUAUGUAAUUCGCCAACAUCAUGAAAAAGACAAUAUAACCACAGAGCAUCACUAUCGAGUUGAAGUAUUCAUUGCUGCUAUUGAUAGUCAGUUGCAAGAGUUGAACUCUAGAUUUAAUGAGUCUGCAACAGAGCUUCUCCGUCUCAGCAUUAUGCUAGAUCCAAGAAAAUCCUUAAAUGUUGAUGAUAUAUGUAAAUUGGCAACAUCAUAUUAUCCUAUGGACUUUACGGAGCACGAAAGGAAUUUGUUGAAACUUGAGUUACAACAUUAUGAACUAGAUGUGCAAAAUCACCCACAAUUGAAAAAUUCUUCUACAAUUUCUAAGUUGUGUAGAGGCCUACAUGAAACAGGAAAAUCUGGUACUUAUCCUUUGCUUGAUAGAUUGAUUCGUCUUGUAUUGACUCUCCCUGUUUCUACCGUGACAUCUGAAAGAGCAUUUUCAGCAAUGAAAAUUGUGAAAACACGACUUCAAAAUACCAUGAAUGAUGAUUUUCUUAAAAGUUGUUUGCUUGUUAACAUCGAGAAAGAGAUUGCUGAUAUAUUUCCUACGGAUGAUAUUAUAGAUGAUUUCUAUUCCAUUAAACAAAGACGAGCACAACUUAAAGUGCAUAAGGUUAAUGGAUGA